AACACAGCAAUUACAUAAUAAUUAAGCUGAAAUGCUGAAAAGUGAAAACUCAACUGCAGCCAACGACGGAGGAAGUCACUCGUCGAUCCCCUCGCCGGCUCCUCUGCCUCUUCCCCGCGCCGCCAGUGUCUGCUCGCCUCUGCCUUCUCUGUCCGUGUCGUCCCGGCCGCCUUGCCUCCGCCUUGUGCCUCGCAUGUCUCUGCCUCCGCAUCGUACCUCGUCUGCCUCUGCUUCCUCUGUCGUCAUCGUGUUGGCUCCUCUGCAGGCUUUGCUCUGCUCCUUUUCGAAGCUCUGCUUUUGCAACGACCCCAAGUUGGAAAACCGUUCCUCUCUCUGUUUUCGACUUUUUGCUUCUGCAGUGUAGUGUUGAUCUCGUCAUUCACGCCCUUACCCAAUCUCUCAAUCUGAGACUGACUCUCCCUUCCCUCCUCCUUGCAGCCGGCCACACUCAAGGCUUUAUCUCUGUUUCUUCUUCUUCCUCUUCUCGUGCUUCCUUAUUCCGUUUGUUGUCGCCGUCGUCGUCGCAGGUGUCAGCAUCCGGUUUGUCUUCUUUCCGUCUGCUUUUGCUCGUGCUUCUUGCCUCUGGGUUACCAUCUGCCUCUUCAUAUUCCGGUUCGUCGUUGCUGCCCUCUGCUUCGCCUUGCUCGGUGCACUUGUUCAGUGAAUGUGUAAAGAGAGUCUUGUGCACAAAAGCAAUUCAGUGUAGCGAAUAAGGUCAAUUCACUGCCAUAAAAAUCAACCUUCAUUCAUGGCCUUAAACAGUGGCCCUCGGAGUCUCUCAUCACAAGUGUUUACCAAGGAGCGUUUCAUUCCAAUCUCCAACUUCAGCUCUAACCCCUGUGCUGUUCUCAGGAAGUUAUGGUCUGAGAAGACAGAUAAUCAUACAAGGGUUCAAGAGCUCCACCAAAAUGAGAAACUCAGAUCAAGGAAUUCGUGUAAAAGAGCCAAAGACAUGGCUAAUCUCAUCAAUUACAAACCUUGGUCAAAUCAGUUGCUGUCUUCAUUCACUACCCUUCUUUCCAAAACCAAUGUGCUUCAGACUUUACGCCAUAUCAAGGAACCUUCCAAGGCCUUUCGGUUCUUCAAGUGGGCACAUGAAAUGGGUUUCCCGCACAAUGCUCAAUCCUACUUCAUGAUGUUGGAAAUCCUUGGUCGUCAGAGGAAUCUCAAUGUUGCUAGGAAUUUUCUGUUUUCCAUUGAGAAAAAGUCCAAUGGGGAAGUCAAGCUUGAGGAUAGGUUCUUCAAUAGCUUAAUUAGAAGUUAUGGUGAAGCCGGCCUCUUCAAAGAAUCCAUUAAGCUUUUUGAGACUAUGAAGUCAACUGGUGUAUCACCAUCUGUGGUCACAUUCAACAGUGUUUUGUCUAUAUUGCUAAGGCGGGGCCGGACCAAUAUGGCAAGAGCUGUGUACGACGAAAUGCUUGGGACGUACGGUGUCACUCCAGAUGUGUACACAUACAAUAUUUUGAUCAGAGGGUUUUGCAAGAAUUCCUACAUUGAAGAAGGGUUUUGGUUCUUUAAAGAGAUGGUGAGCUUUGAUUGCGAUCCGGAUGUUGUUACAUAUAAUACACUCGUUGAUGGCUUGUGUAAAGCAGGGAAGGUUAGUAUAGCACAUAACUUAGUGAAUGGUAUGAACAAGAAAUGCAAAUAUUUGAAUUCUGAUAUUGUGACUUACACAACUUUGAUUAGAGGGUAUUGUAUGAAACAAGAAGUAGAUAAAGCAUUGUUUCUUCUUGAAGAGAUGACUAAUAGGGGGCUAAAGCCAAAUGUAAUUACGUACAAUACUCUGAUAAAAGGAUUAUGUGAGGCACAAAAGUCGGACAAGGUAAAGGAUAUUUUGGGCCAAAUGAUGGGAGAUGGGACUUUCAUACCAGAUUCAUAUACCUUCAAUAUAUUAAUUCAUGCACAUUGUUCUGCAGGAAACCUGGAUGAAGCAUUUAAGGUGUUUGAAAACAUGAAAAGCCUUCAAGUCCCAGCAGAUUCAGCCUCGUACAGUGUUCUGAUUCGGAGUUUGUGUCAGAGAGGUGACUAUGAUGCAGCAGAGAAGCUGUUUGAUGAAUUAUAUGAGAAUGAAACCUUGUUAAGUAAUUAUGGUUCCAAGCCGAUUGCUGCCUCAUAUAGUCCUAUUUUUCAAUAUUUGUGUGAACAUGGGAAAACUAAGAAGGCUGAGAAGUUACUUAGACAGCUAAUGAAAAGGGGAACACAAGAUCACCUGUCAUAUAAGACCGUGAUUAUGGGGCACUGUAAAGAAGGAGCAUAUGAAAAUGGUUAUGGGAUUUUGGUAUGGAUGCUAAGAAGAGAUUUUGUUCCUGAUUUUGAGAUAUAUGAUUGUUUGAUUGAUGGUUUUCUUCUGAAGGAUAAGCCUCUUCUUGCAAAGGAGACUCUAGAGAAAAUGCUAAAGAGCUCCUAUAAACCUAAAACAUCUACCUUGCAUUCUAUAUUGGCAAGACUUUUGGAAAAAGGUUGUGUUCAUGAGUCUACCUCCCUUAUUGUCAUGAUGCUGGAGAGAAAUUUUAGACAAAAUAUAAACCUGUCAACUGAGAAUUUACUGCUCCUUUUUGGCUCUGGACUGCAAGAUAAAGCAUUUCAGAUUAUUGAGUUGCACUAUAAGAAUGGAUACCGUGUUAAAAUAGAAGAAGUGAUUCAAUUCCUUUGCCAAAGAGGAAAGCUACCAGAAGCUUGCAAGCUGUUGUUGUUUAGUAUGGAACAUCAUAGAAAUAUUGAUAUUGACUUGUGUAAUUCAGUUAUUACGGGCCUUUGUAAAAUUAAGAAGGUUUCAGAAGCAUUUAAUUUAUGCUAUGAAUUAGCGGAGAAAGGUUUACAUCAGGAACUGACAUGCCUAAAUGAUCUGAUAGCAGCUCUAGAGGCAGGAGGGAGAUUAAAGGAAGCUGCAUUUAUAUCGAAGAGAAUGCCAAGAGUCGACCUAAA